UGCGUGCGGCGAGCGAUGCCUGAUGUGUGGCUCCGUCCUCCCGUGUCGUGUUUCCGUUUCUCCUCUCAGAUAAUGCGUCAGAAGAGCAAGCAGCUCGCCAAGAUGGAGGCCACGCAGAAGCUGGAGCAGGUGAAGAGCGAGCAGCGGCAGCAGCAGAUGCUGAUUGGCCGCCUCUCGCCAGACGGUGGCAGCCGCAGCCCCGGGACGCUGCUGCAGAGCUCUGGAUUGGCCGACGACGUCUUCCUCAGACCACAAGCCCCGCCCCCUUCGGGCUUCUCCCCGCUGCCCUCCUCGCCCCUGCACCAGCCGCCGUCCUCGCCACAGAUGUUCUCGCCGCCAUCGUCCCGCCCCUCCUCGCCAUGGGACCCCUACGGGAAAGUCGUGGGGACUCCCCGUCCCGCGUCCUCCCAGCAGCAGCGCCACAACUCCCUCAGCGCCUCGCCGGCACACGAUGCCUUCGGCUCGCCAGCGCCAUCGCCGGACGCCAAAACCUCCGACGUCUCACGGAGCCUCGCUCCCCAACCAGGGCUGCAGCAGAGCAGGGCGGGCAUGAUGAGCCCCCCCUCUGGCUCCGCCCCCGUUGGUAUCCGAGCCUCGGAGACGUACCAGAGGACUCCUCUGAACAGCGCUAACAUGUACUCUCAGGGCGGGCUGUUUAAAGCCCCCAUGCCCCCCCAGCAGCCGGAGGUCUUUGGCGGCCCUGGGGGAGUCCGGCGGGACCCGUCCAGGCCCUCGGACCAGGGCUUCCCCCUCCAGCAGUCGCAGGACGCCCCGCUGGGCUCGCCACACCGCAGCCCGUACAGACAGGACUACAUCCAACCGAUCCCCGAGCCCUUCCCCCAGCACUCCCCUCUCACGUCCCGGCCCUCGCCAGACCCGUACGCCAACCCUCAGACUCCUGGCACGCCUCGCCAGCACUCAGACCCCGCAUACCUCGCCACGACGUACAACCAGCCGGCCGCCAACCGCCGGCCGUCCCCUUCACACCCGAACCUCGACCCGUACGCCUCCAACCCCGGCACGCCGCGCCCCUCUGGCGCCGAGCGCUACCCCCGAUCCCCGGGGAGUCAGCGCGGCGCCGAUCCGUACGCCCAGCAGCCGUCCACGCCGCGGCCGCAGAAACCGGCAGCAGAGAGCUUCACUCCUCAGCCUGCAGAGAGCGGGACCUUCACCCCCACGCUGCACCAGUUGCAGCAGUCUCCGGGACGACAACAUCAACAACAACAACAACAUCAUCAACAGCAGCAGCAGCAGGACUCAUUUCCCAGAACCCCCGGCAGCCAGACCCCAAAGCAUGCUGGGAUGUCAGAGGAGAGUGUCUUCCUGGGCGGUCAGACUCAGGGUCAUGACGUGUUUGAGCAGGGUCACAUGACCCCCAGCCCCUCGCUGACGGACAAGACAACAGCCAAUGAAAUGACAGCGCUGGGCGUGGCCUCUCUGGACGGACCAAUGAGCAUGCUGCCUCAGCUCGGUGACUCGGAGGAGAAGCUGAGACAGCGCCAGCGUCUGCGGCAGCUGAUCCUGAGGCAGCAGCAGCAGAAGAGUGCCUUACGGCAGGAGAAAGGUCUACAGGAAGCAGCUGCUGGUUCUGGUUCUGCACCGCGACACUGGGCCCAGGUGGACCCCCCCACGGCUCCCCCAGCUGACCUGUUUGGACGCCCCCCUCCCCCGUACCCCGGCACAGUGAGGCCUGUGGGGGGGGCGGCAGGUUUCCCAGCAGAGCAGAGAGGCUUCGGCCCCCGAGAGCUCGGAGUCAGAGCACCAAACCUCAGGUUUGGUGUUCCUCCUCCAGCCAGUCUCCAGGACUCCUUCUUGCGUCCUCCCCAGGGUGCGGUGCCUGGAUCUGGGAUCAGUUCUCUGGAGGGAGUCCCUGCCCAGAUGAGGAGGCCGAUGCCUGGGGAGUUCACGGGGAUCCGCCCCCUCGCUGCUGCCGGCUCUCAGCCACACAUGAUGCCAGGUCUCCCGCAGCCCUUCCCUCCUCGCUCCUUCCCGCUGCAGCAGCACAGCAUCAUGGGACAGCCGUACAUCGAGCUUCGACAUCGCAUCCCCGAAAACCGCCUGAGGCUAUCCUUCCCUCUGCCCGCCGGCCCAGACCCCCGAGACCUGCGGCCGUGUCCGCCGGCGGCAGCGGCGGCGCUGGGCCAGCAGUCGGUGCUGGAGCAGCUGAACCAGCAGCAGCAGCUGGCACACGCAGCGGCGCUGAGUCACGCCCUCCCCGGGGCUGAUGGGAUGGAGGAGCACCUGGAGGACUCGGCAGUGAAGGACUUGGAGGACGUGGAGGUGAAAGAUCUGGUCGACCUGAACCUCAACCUGGACCCUGAAGACGGUAAAGAGGAUCUGGAUCUGGGUCCCAACGACCUCCAUCUCGAUGACUUCCUGCUGUCGGGGAAGUUCGACCUGAUCGCCUACGCCGACCCCGAGCUCAAUCUGGAGGACAAGAAGGACAUGUUCAACGAGGAGCUGGAGCUAGGUGAGACGGCCGAGGACAGGAAGACGGACAGCCACUUCAAACAGGAAGUACAGGACGGGGUCAAGACCGAAGCCAGGCACACAGCUCCGCAGCCCGGGGUCUUCACUGCCAUCAGACCCCCCGGGCCCCUAGCGGCCGAGGCAGCCGGCUCGCUCCAGAAAGGAGAGGACUCUGGUUCUGGUUCAGGGGCCUUGCCCGCUCUCCAGACCCAGGAACAGGCUCCGUCGUCAGGCAUGACUCCCAGCGUUCACCCCCCUAUGGCUGGAGGUCCGCAGUCUGUCUUCCAGCCGAGACCGUUUGGACCCUCGUCUCUCUUCACCCCCCAUCCUCAGGGUCUCCCUCUGUCCCUCCAACCCCCCCAGCCCCGCCUCCUCCUCAACCCCCAGACCCAGCUUUCACAGCCGGGGGGCUCCACGCAGACACAGAGCCAGACCGUCUUCCUCCAGAACCAGAACCAGAGCCAGGACCAGGACCAGGACCUGGACCAGGACCCACACAGGCCUCUGCUCCUGGAGGAGCAGCCACUCCUGCUGCAGGACCUCCUGGACCAGGAGCGCCAGGAGCAGCAGCAGCAGAAACAGAUGCAGGCGCUGAUCAGACAGAGGCCCCCCUCAGACGCUGUGUUACCCAACAUGGCAGACUUUGACUCCAUCACUGACCCCAUCAUGAAGGCGAAGAUGGUGGCUCUGAAAGGCAUCAACAAGGUGAUGACGCAGGGCAGCCUGGGACUCAACCCGAUGGCCAUCAACAGGUUCCAGCCAGCUCCAGUGGUCCCAGCUCCAGAAGGAGCUCCUCAGCCUCCCCAGCCGGUGGGACAGGACGGGAAGUUGAACCCCCCGUUGGUGCGUCCCAGCCCUCCCAGCUUCGGCCCGGGCUUCGGCAACGAGUCCCAGCGGCGGCAGUACGAGGAGUGGCUUGGCGAGACGCAGCAGCUCCUGCAGAUGCAGCAGCGCCUCCUGGAGGAGCAGAUCGCAGCUCACCGCAAAACCAAGAAGUCUCUGUCGGCCAAACAGAGAACGGCCAAGAAGGCGGGCCGGGCGCUCACGGAGGAGGACGCCACCCAGCUCCGCAACAUCACGGAGCAGCAGGGGACGGUGCAGAAACAGCUGGAGCAGAUCCGGAAGCAGCAGAAGGAUCACGCCGAGCUGAUCGACGACUACAGGACCAAACAGCAGCGAGCUGCAGCAGCGCUACCCCCCCUCUCCCAGCCCCCCCUCUCCCAGCCCCCCCUCUCCCAGCCCCACCCAGGCGGCCCCACCCUUCCCCGCGGCCCAAAUGUCCCCCUUGGUUGGUCCCCGGGAGGUGGAGCUCCGGGCGUGAUGGGGCAGAGGAUGCCUCUUCUUCCACCCCCCCAGAUGCCCCCCACUGCCCCCCCUCCACCGGCCAUGGCGCCGGGCCUCGCUGCUCCGACAGCGGGCUUCACCGCUGGGCCCCGGGCCCCCCCUGCAGGGUCCAAUGGAGCCACAGGGGACGCCGCGCCUCAGGUGAAGUUUGACGACAACAACCCGUUCAGUGAAGGUUUCCAGGAGAGAGAGAGGAGAGAGAGGCUGAGAGAGCAGCAGGAGAGGCAGAGAGUUCAGCUGAUGCACGAGGUGGAGCGCCAUCGCGCCCUGCAGCAAAGGCUGGAGCUGGAGCAGCAAGGCAUGCUGGGAAACUCCAUGCCCCCAUCUGGAGCUCUGGCGGGGGCUCGAGUCGGACAAACGCCGGGACCUCCGGCAACGGACAGUCUGUCCCAGAUGCCGUUCUUCAGCUCAGAGCUGCCGCAGGACUUCCUCCAGUCGCCCCCGCCUCCCAGACCGGCGUUCCCCCAGCCAGCCACGCUCCACCCGGGCUUCCCCGCUGGACGCAGCCCCCUCGAGACGGCGCCCGCCAGCCUACAGGCACGGCCGAGGCUCCCCGCCCAGGGAACGGUGCUGCCCGCUGGGGUCACAGCGGCUGGGACUCCCCCCGCUCAUCCACGGUUCGGACACGACUCCUCCUCCUCCUCCUCGCCGUCCUUCCCCGGCGCCUCCCUCGCCCAGCUGUACUCUGACAUCAUCCCUGACGACAAACCGAAGAAGAAAAGGAGCAGGAAGAGGGACGGAGAUGACGGCGGCGGCGCGGGCGCCAGGACGCCGCUGUCCUCGCAUUCUGACGACAUCACGGCACCGCCCACUCCGGCCCGGUCAGACACUUCCUGCUCCACGCCCACACGCGGCAGCGUGGACCAAUCAGAUGUGAGCUUCUCUCUGAGCUCCAGCCUCGCCGCUCUGGCUCCGUCCUCGGAGCUGGAGAGGCAGCUGUCUGCCAUCUCAGCGGCCCAGCAGAGAGGCUCCGUCCUGGGCACGGAGAGCCAGAGAGGCCCCCUGUCUGCAGCCCGUCUGGAGGUCAAGGAGGAGCGUGAGGAGGGCGGAGCGUGUGGCGGAGGCGGGGUGAAGAUGGAGGCGUGCGGGGGUGACGCUGUCUUCUCCCCCUCCCCUCCCUACGGGGGAGACGGGGGGAAGGAGCUGCUCAGACAUCUGCUGAAGGACAAAACCUCCCCGGCAACCACGCCGUCUCCCACCGGCCAGGCCCCGCCCACUGCCCGCCGACAGCUGUCCAAUGACAGCGUCCGAUCCGAGGACGACGACCACGGAAACAUGGGGACGAUGGGCAGUCCAGGUGCAGAUCUCCUGGACCCAUCCGGCAGGAAGAAAGCUCCGCGCUGUAAGAGACUCUCUCGGCCGGAGAAAGACAAAGCUCCUCCCAAAAACAAGAGGAGGAAGAAGGAGGAGGAGGAGAAGACGCUCCAGUCGUCCUCCACGUCGUCCUCUGACCCGCUGAUGACUCACCUCAGACAGCUGUCCGUGCUGCCUCUGAUGGAGCCGGUUUUGGGGGUGGAUCUGAGUCUGUUCCCCCCGUACGGCAGCUCGUCUCUGGGCAGAGACUCCCUGCUGAGCGGCUCCUUCGGUAACGGCUGCCUGGACGGAGUCACGGACUACUACUCCCAGCUCAUAUACAAGAAUAACCUGAGUAACCCCCCCACCCCGCCGGCCUCGCUGCCCCCCACCCCCCCGCCCGUCGCCAGGCAGAAACUGGUCAACGGCUUCGCCACCACGGACGAGCUGGCGAGGAAAGACAUCAGUGAGCAAGACGUGAACGGCGUGAAGCAGAAGGGGGAGGAGCUUCUGGCUCUAAACCACGCCUCCAAAACGGUCGACGUGCCGGCCUCGCUGCCAACGCCGCCCCACAACAACCAGGAAGAGCUCAGGGUGCAGGACGCGUCGGGACGCGACAGCCCUGACGGCUUCGUCCCGUCCUCGUCUCCAGAGAGCGUGGCGGACAUGGAGGUCAGCCGGUACCCCGACCUGUCCUUCAUCAAGCUGGAGCCGCCCUCGCCCUGCCCCUCGCCUACAAUACCCAUGAUGCCCUGCGCCUGGGGAAAAGGCUCGGCAGUGAAACAGGAAGUGAAGACGGAGCCGAACCAUCAGUUUCCUCCCUCUUGCUCCAACACAGACCUGGUUACCAUAGCAAUAACGCUGAACCCAGUCGCAGCUCAGAACGUAGCCGGUGUGAUGGCGGCCGUGGCUGAGCUGCUGCGGGUCCCCGUCCCUGCCGACUACCAGCUGAGUGGCGCCGCUGGCCCCGAGAGGAACUCGCUGGCUCUGCUGGCUGGAGUCCGAGUGCCGCUCACACAGAGUCCAAACGUCAGCAGACAGCAGAGACCUCCUCAGUGCUGCAGCUGCUGCAAGGUGCUUCUGGGAAACGGAGUCCGCGUCGUCAAGGAGCUCAAACAGGAGGGUCAGUCCAGACCAGGAUCCAGCCUGGUGUUCUGCAGUCCAAACUGCUCUGCUCUCUACACAUCUGAGCUGCAGAGCAGAACAUCUGGAAACAAGGCGGCGGUCCAGGCAGUGCAGUCCGGCGCGGAGCCUCCCGGCCGAGUUCAGCACCGCUACAGCAGCAACAUGUCCUCCAUCGCCGUGCACUCCCUCCUCCACGCUGCCUCCUCUUCCUCACACAACUCCCCCGCUGCCUCGCCGCCUCUCUCCUUCCCCCCCGCCUCUGCCGUCACCAUGGAGACCAGGCCCCGCGUGGACAGCCUCAAGGUUAAGGUGAAGCUGAAGCCCCGCCCCCGGGCGCUCCCAGGGGGAGAGGACGCGAUGUCAUCUCGCCCCGGGAAGAGGAUGAAGAACUGCCGCUGGAGACGCUGGAGCUUCAGCAUCACACUCAGCAGAGGCCCUUGCACCCCUAACGAGGGCCACGCCAUGCCGACGGAGGAGGAAGUGGAUGUGCUGUUGAAGAAGUUGGGGGCGUGUCUCGGUCCAGAUGAGUCAUCCAAAGACCAGCGUCGGUGCUGCUUCUGUAACCAGCAGGGGGACGGACGCACGGACGGACCGGCCCGCCUGCUGAACCUGGACCUGGACCUGUGGGUCCAUCUGAACUGUGCGCUGUGGUCCAGCGAGGUGUAUGAGACUCAGGCCGGCGCUCUGAUCAACGUGGAGCUGGCUCUGAGACGGAGUCUGACUCUGCGCUGCGCUCACUGUCAGAGGACAGGAGCCACGAGUGGCUGCAACCGCCUCCGCUGCACCAACACCUACCACUUCUCCUGCGCCCUGCAGGCCCACUGCACCUUCUUCAAGGAUAAGACGAUGUUGUGUCCGCUCCAUAAGCCGCGGACGGUUCCUCUGAGCGGCGACCGCUCCUCCAGCUGCUCCCCGUCCUCCGCCCAAUCUCCGGCGCCCGACCCGGCGGCCGCGGCCUUCUGCGACCCGUACGACUGCGAGCUGCGCUGCUUCUCGGUGUUCCGGCGCGUGUUUGUGCAGCGGGACGAGGCGCGGCAGAUCGCCGGCGUGGUGCAGCGCGGCGAGCGGCAGCACACCUUCCGGGUCGGCAGCCUGCUGUUCCGUGCCAUCGGCCGGCUGCUGCCGCACCAGAUGAAGGCCUUCCACAACCAGGCCGCCAUCUUCCCCAUAGGUUACCACGCCAACCGCAUCUACUGGAGCAUGCGCCACAGCAACAGGCGCUGUAAGUACCUGUGCUGCAUCGAGGAGGCGGAGGGCCGCCCGCUGUUCAGAGUGAAGGUGGUGGAGAAAGGAUACGACGACCUCGUACUGACCGGACCCUCGCCUAAAGCUGUGUGGGACCAGAUCCUGGAACCAGUAUCCCAGUUGAGAGCGUCCAGUGGGACUCUGAAGCUUUUCCCGGUUUACCUGAAAGGAGAAGAUCUAUUUGGUUUGACCACGUCUGCUGUGACCAGGAUCAUCGAGUCUCUGCCAGGUGUGGAGACCUGUGAGCGUUACAUCUUUCGUUACGGCAGGAAUCCUCUCAUGGAGUGGCCUCUGGCCUUCAACCCGUCUGGCUCAGCCCGCUCUGAACCCAAAGCCUGCCAGACCAAGAGGCCGACCCUGCUGACCAGCAUCGCUCCCAGGUGCCAGGGCUCCGUGGGCUCUAUCGUGGGCGUCGUGCCCGGCGUCAUCGCUCUGUCUCCAGGAGAGUCUGUGGCCGGCGCUCACCAGGGCCGCCACUCCAAGUCGGCCCAGUACCGACGCAUGAAGGCCGAGUGGAAGACAAACGUCUACCUGGCCCGCUCCCGCAUCCAGGGUCUGGGUCUGUAUGCUGCCAGAGACAUCGAGAAAUGCACCAUGGUCAUCGAGUAUAUCGGCACCAUCAUCAGGAGUGAAGUAGCCAAUCGCAAAGAGAGGCUCUACGAGUCACAGAACCGCGGUGUGUACAUGUUCCGGAUCGACAACGACUUUGUGAUCGACGCCACCAUCACUGGAGGACCGGCCAGGUACAUCAACCACUCGUGCUCUCCCAACUGCAUCACGGAGGUGGUCACCGUGGAGAAGGAGAACAAGAUCAUCAUCAGCUCCUGCCGACGCAUCCAGAGAGGAGAAGAGCUGUCCUAUGACUAUAAGUUUGAUCUGGAGGACGAUCAACAUAAGAUCCCGUGUCACUGUGGAGCCGUCAACUGUCGCAAAUGGAUGAACUGAACAUCUCUCUCUCUCUCUCUCUCUCUCUCUCUCUCUCUCUCUCUCUUUUGGUGCUGAGGCUGGAUGUCGAUCGCCCAUCACUCUGUGGGCGGAGCUACCCUUCCUAUCAGAAGAAUAUAAUAAUAAUGAUGUAACGUAACGAUCAGAUGUGAUCACAGAGAAUAAUGAUCGGAGGGGUUUGAGUGACAGAUCAGGGGCGGGGCGGGUGGGCGGGGUUAAAUCUGAUCAGGGUGGGUGAUUGACAUGUGAGGGGGCGGGGCUUACGACGAGGCUGGUCCUCUGUGUGUAUAUGAUGUAAAUGUGUAAACGCCACUGAAAUAACACAACGUCCUCACAGAGAGGGACGCAAAGUUGCACUAUCAAAAAUAUAAAACGACAAAAACACAGCUAUACCCACACAAACAUACUUGAUUCCUCCUCUCUCUCUCUUCCUCCUCUUCCUCCUCUUCCUCCUCCCUGCGUUUUGUUAAUUUCCUGUAAAAUAAGAGAUUUUUUGUUCUUUUUGUAUUUAUUACUGAAUGAAAAGCUAUUUUCUAAAUCCACAGUGAGUUCGAGGCCCGGAGUCGCAGCGUGUAAAUAUCUGUAUCAUAAAAAGCUAAAAGAAAAACAGAAAGUUUAGAGAUAACUCCACGAGCGCUACCUUUCACAUCCUCACCUUCAUCACCUUCAUCACCUUCAUCACCUGCCUGCCCGUCGGAGCGGCGUUCUGUCCCUGUUUUGAAUAAAGUUUCACCUUUUGUGUUUUCCCGU